AUUUCUUAUCAAAUACUAUAAAAUUUAAUGAUAUGGUAUCUGUGCAAAAUAUAACAUUUCGUAAUGGUAUCAGUACAAAUGAUAUAUAUGUUUCUCAUCUUCCAUUCAAUUUGAUAAACAUAAAAAAAGAUCUUAAUCUUUAUAAAAAAAGAAUUUCUGGAAGCUUAAAAGCAAAUACAAUAAAUUUACCAUAUGUUUUUAAAAUCAUUGGAAACAAAACUCUAGUUGAUAUUUCCAUUAUGGGAUCUGUAAAAUUUUGUUAUGAACCAAUCAUAAAAAGUAUAAAUGAUAUCAAAUUAAAAAAAUUAUCUUCAGAAAUUUGGAUGGUAACAAAUACUACGACAAUACUUCAUGGAAAAAAUAUGCAUUUUAAUGAUAUAAUGAUAAAAAAAUAUGUUGUUUUAAAUAAUUUAACAAAUACAUUAAGCUUCAAAAUGUGGAACAAUAUUUUAAAAUCUAUUCUAAGUAAAACAAAGUUACAGGAAAUAGAAUUUCCUGCAUCUUUUAAUGAUAUCAAAAUUUCUAACAUUGUAAGUUCAAAUAUUUCAAUUAUAAAAUCUUCAUUAUCAGAUUUCAAUAAUAUAUUUGAAAGUUCUUUGUUAAAAAAUAAGAUCAAGAAGUAAAGACAAAGUGGAUAUUCAAUAAUUAAAAAUUUCAGAUACUUACAGGAAACUUGCAUAUAAAGCAAACAAUUAAUAAUCUAUAUCUUAAAAGUGAUGUUAUGAGACAUAAUUCUAAAGAAAAUAUUGUAACUGGAAAAAAAAAAGUUUUAGCUUUGAUAGUUGAGAAUUUAAAUGGUUACAAUUUUAAUAAAUGGACAGCUAAUGCUUUAAUGCAAACAAAAAAGGAUAUAAUCAUCGAAGGACGAAAAAAAUUUAGUAUCGUUACAUUCAACAAUAUAAAAAUGUCUGGAACUAUAAUGGGCUGUGCUAUAGAAGAGGUAUUAAGAAAAUCCACAAAUCAAAUAAUCUAUAGCCAAAAAAUAAUUCAAGGUUUUAUCAAUGCAUCUGAAUUUAUUAUUAAUGGCUUAAUAAAUGAUGUAAAUUUAACUAAAUUAGUAUAUCAUCAAUUAAAAAAAAAUAAUCCUCUUCAAAUAAUAAGAACAGGAAUUGAGUUACAUAAUAGUUUAAAUAUUAUUGGAAAUCUUACAAUCAAAGGUGUUUAUGAAAAGUCAGAAAUGAAAAUUUUUGACAAAAAUUACUCAAAUGCCCAAACCAUUAUUAAAAGGAUGAAAAGAUUUAUAAGGACAGCAGAAAUAAUUAAUAUAGCUUUACGAAGUCGAGCAAUUUACAUAAAUAAAUUAGAAAUUAUAAAUGACACUAUCGAUGCUUUUAAUAAAUCUAUGAUCAUUCAAUAUAAUGCAAUACAAUGUAAUUCCAAAAAGUUUUCUUCAUAUUGUAUCAGUAAAUAUGCAAAGGAAUUAAUUUUUCAAACAAAUAUCGGCAAUUUUAUAUUAUUAAAGUCAAUAAUGAUGGACGAAAAAGAAUUCAUUGUUCUUGUAAAAUUUAAUUCUAUAUCCAUAUAUUCAUUUAUUAAUAUAGGAAAUAAUUUUGUUCAUUUAAAAGAUUUAUAUUUUCCUAACAUAAUGGAUGCGUUUGUAGAACAAAAGUGGCAUGGAUUUGGAUUAUGGAUUAUUUUGCGAUUGAUCUCACAAACUCUGGUAUUACUUUAUCAACCAUGGGGAGAUAUACAACAAUAUAUUUUGCCUGUUACAGACGUAUUUUCAAUAAAUAGAUCUCCAAAUGAUCAAGUUUUGUUACUAUUAUCAAAUGGUAUAUGGGAUCUUGAAGGAUUAGCUAAUCCUCGUAAUAUCAUUGAAAUUCCCCUCAAAGGAAAAAUAAAGACUGUUGUUGAUAGAUUCAAUUAUUAUGUAAAGUGUAUUUCAAAAAAUGAAACAAUUUUGAUGAAAGCUCGAUAUGUAUGAAAUUGAUUGUUAAAUUAAUUCAUUGUAACUAAACACAAUUGAAAAAUUUUAACAAAAACUUAUGUUAAUCAUUAAAUAUUUUGAUGAUAAUUUUGAUAUUUAAUAUAUUUAUAAAUAAUGUAAUAUAUUAAUAAUUAUCAUUAUGUGAAGAAGUAUGAUAAGUUAUUUCGUUAAUUCUGAAUAUUUUAAUAAUAAUUUGGAAGUUUAAUAUUUA